UUCAUAAGAUUUAAUGUUAUCGAGUCUCAAAUCCCCAAUUUGCCCUCCCAAGGAUAUGCGAUAUUCUUCCACCGGAGCUCAAAGCACAACGGUAUCGUUUUCUUCUCCAGCCUGUUUCCCCUGAAACUUAAAAGCCCAAACCCCACUGACUUUUGCCGUACCUUCCUUUACUUACGCUCUCACCGAUAAAAAAUGGGAACCCUUGGGAGAGCCAUAUACACUGUUGGAUUCUGGAUUCGCGAAACUGGCCAGGCCCUUGAUCGUCUCGGCUGCCGCCUCCAAGGCAACUAUUAUUUUCAGGAACAAAUGUCUAGGCAUCGAACUCUGAUGAACAUAUUUGAUAAAGCUCCUGUGGUUGACAAGGAUGCGUUUGUUGCUCCUAGUGCCUCUAUCAUCGGGGACGUUCAAGUAGGAAGAGGAUCAUCUAUUUGGUAUGGGUGUGUUUUGAGAGGGGAUGUAAACAGCAUUAGUGUUGGAGCAGGAACUAAUAUACAAGACAACUCACUUGUGCAUGUGGCAAAGUCUAACCUAAGUGGGAAGGUGCUACCAACUAUUAUUGGGGACAAUGUUACUGUAGGCCAUAGUGCUGUUUUACAUGGCUGCACUGUUGAGGAUGAAGCCUUUGUGGGAAUGGGAGCAACUCUACUCGAUGGUGUUGUUGUUGAGAGACAUGGGAUGGUUGCAGCUGGAUCUCUUGUGAGGCAGAAUACAAGGAUCCCUUCUGGUGAGGUAUGGGGAGGCAAUCCAGCAAAGUUCCUGAGAAAGCUUACUGAUGAAGAGAUAUCCUUUAUAUCCCAGUCAGCCACCAAUUAUUCCAACUUGGCACAGGUGCAUGCUGCUGAGAAUUCAAAGCCCUUUGAUGAGAUUGAGUUUGAGAAAGUUCUUCGCAAAAAGUAUGCUCGUCGGGAUGAGGCAUAUGACUCAAUGCUAGGUGUUGUCCGUGAAACUCCCCUAGAGAUUACACUUCCAGAUAACAUCAAAAAUCCAAAGGCCUUGCAGAAAUGAUAUUAUUCUGUAGCUAUUUCUUGUUGAAUUUGAAUAUUGAAAUUUGAAGGAAUAUUUGUUUUACAUGCAAAUACAUGGAGAGGGGGUCAUUCCAAUUCCCAAUAAGACCAGAUAUGUAGGGUAGAUUUAUGGCUCCUUGUUAGCUAAUGCAUUCUUCUGGAUGUUUAAAAUCUCAAUUUCUGCUCUGCUAGGAACUAAUACCACAAAGCAUCUUGUAUGUUGAUGUUUUGUCUGGUAUUUGAGAUACUUAUUUUUGAGAUGAUUUUUCAACUGUCGGCACUUUUUGA